AAUUUUUUGUUGGAAUAAAAUGCUGCUUUAUUUUUCUAUGAAAUGUUUGUAGAAAUGGAAAAAUCAUGGACUAUUGUCAAAUUUAUUGAAGAAGAUACAGUUGAAGCUGUCCCAUCUACCUGGAUUGUUGAUAAAACAUGUUAUUGGCCACCAUUUCAUAUGGAAAAAAUUGUAGCGUCUAUCAAGAAACAUGCUGAACCAAAUACAUGUUGGCCUUCAUAUGAUAUUAUAACUUUCAGAAACAGCAGUUAUGAUAACUAUAAAACAGCCAGGGAGAAAGCCAAAAAGGCUGAAUUAACAUCUGAAUUGAACUCUGAUACUGAUAAUAACAACGUUCCGAAUAGAAAAAGAAAAAUUAUCCCAAAGAACUUCUCUUCGUCAUCAGAUGAAUCUGCCGAAGAGUGUGCUAAAUUACGGACGCCUCCAAGUAUGCACAUACAAAAAUCAUCGAAAAGUACAAGUUAUGAAAAUGCGAAGAGCAACAAGUGUCAAUCAAAAUCAGUGAAUCAGUUACCCAAUGAAGUUCCGAAUAAACGCACGAAGCACUUACAGGAUGGAUUUCUUAAUAUUUCGAAUAAUAUUCGAAAUAAUAUUUUGCAAGGCAAUGAGCACAACAUACGAAAUAAUGAGACAGAAGAUGUCGACAAUAAAAUUGGUACAUAAUUUAUAUUAUUUAAAACUAACUUUAUAAUCUUUCAUAGGUUUUAUCUGUGCUAUCAGUAAACAUAACUGUAAAGAAUUAAUUAUU